CAUCAUCCGAUUCCCUUGCCCUAGCUUCCCAAGAAAUAACCCCAAAAUGGCUACAUUGACCGCAAUUGCAGCUCGUAGAGCAGCCACUCUAGCUCGGACGCCAGUUCCGUCUCAAGCCGCUUCUCUCAUUCCUCACCGUGGUCUUGCCGGCGCCACGGAUCACCAUGGACCUCCGAAGGUUAAUUUUUGGCAAGAUCCAAUGAAUCCAGCUCAAUGGAAAGAAGAACAUUUCGUUAUAGUCUCUUUAACUGGAUGGGGUCUGCUUUUUUUAGUGGAUACAAGUUCUUCACUAAAGGCAAGAAGGAAGAGAAGGCUGUGGAAACGACACACUAAAGAGGUUGAGGCUUUUAUUUUUUUUGUAUUUUUUUAAAUAUAUUUCAAGUAAUAAUGUGCGUCCGGAAAGUUCAUGUCCUUGGAUGUUUUUGCUUCAUUUUGUUAGAAAAUUAUUCGGUUUUCUUGUU